AUGGCUGAUAGCAAAAUGUCUGUGUCCCAGUGGAGCCCGACAUUUGUACAAGAGCUCCUCCCUGCUGCCAAAAAGACUGCUCUUCUGUACCAUCUUUCUUACCUGUGCCUGGCCAACUUCCCCAACCUGGAGAGGAUCAUCAGGAGUCGGGCUGUGGAAACACAGCUUCUUUUUGGCUCCUCUGAUGCAACUAUGUUGAAAUGUAUUUUGACAAGUGAAAAUCUGGUUCAGUCGCUGUUUCCCAUGUUGGCAAAAGCUGUGGAGAAAAACAAAGCAGUUCUGGCAAUCAAAUUUCUGGCAAAAGCACGAGUCUGGAUCAAAGAAAUUAUCACUGAAGUGGACAGGAUAGUGGAAAAGUAUGAUUUACACAACAAAGAUGUAGUAUCAUCCACCAGUGAUGUUAUCAAGGAAAAAUUAGAUACCGAUAAAAAGAUUAAAGAACACAACACUGAGACAAUGCAGACAGAAAAAACUCUGACUGAUUUGAAAUUGCAUCUUAAAAGUACUACUGAAGAACUGGCUAAAACCCGGCAAAAUAUAAACUGCAAAGUCCAGGAGAUUCAAGAAUUUGCCAGAUCCAUGAGCAAAAUAAAUAAACGUUUCGGAAUCUUCGCUGCAAUUGUGCCAUUCAUUGGGCCACUUGUGCAAAACAUUUAUGAUGCUGUACAUGAUCCUGAAAAUGUUGCCUCCAUGAAGGCUCUUGAAGCUCAAUUGAAUGUCCUUAUUGCUGAUAAGACCGUUCUAAAACAAAAGCAGUGGCACCUCCAGCUCCAGAUCAUUGAUUGGCAGAUGAAGUUUGCCCAAGCCAAUUUUGACCAAAAUUCCAUUCCCAACCCCAUCCAUCUAAAUGAUGUUCAAAGUAGCUUGUCAAAAAUUCAGAACAUUCUGAUUCAGCUGAAAAACUUCUGGGAGAACGUUGGUCAAAUGUUGGACUACCUGGAACAAAAGACCUUUGUUGGAGAAGAUCUUGUUGAAGAUCUAGCUGACCUAAAAGAUGAAUUUCUAGAAUCAAUUAAAAUAGCCGAAGAGGCUUGGAGCAGUUUUGGUGCAGGCUGUAAAAAAGCAUCUGCCAUCUUCAAGCUACAAACCAGAGAUGCCUACAGGUUUCUGGAGGUCAGUCCUUCCUCUCUCUCCAAGGAGCAGUGGCAAAAAGAAUAUGAAAGUGUAAAGGAACAACUGAAGAAAAUGUACUCACCACAAUCUCCGACAUCCUCUGAUACACCUGCUAUUUCUGUGUGA